UUAGAGGUACACGAAGGAGGCAAGAAAGAGGGAGAUACAAGGUGGAGAGAAGCCCUCAGAAGGAGAGAGAACCAAGAGUGGGGAUGUGGAAGGGAAACAGCCCAGGGGGUAACCAGGGAGCAGCCAUGGAGGGAACCAGAGGAGAACAGGGGGGACAGGGGAACUGGGGUCUGGAAGAUGACCCAGGCCUCUUGGCCAGGGCCUCCUUGCCCAUCAUGCCUGCAUGGCCAUUGCCCCUGGCCUCCUCAGCGCUUACCCUGCUCCUUGGAGCCCUCACUUCCCUUUUCCUCUGGUACUGCUACCGCCUGGGCUCCCAAGACAUGCAGGCCCUGGGGGAUGAGAGACAGGCCAGGAGUGUCAGUGGUGGGCCUGGGGGAUGCUCUGAAGCUGGCAGGCCAAGCCCAGGGAGUGCUGGAGAGCCUGGGGAAGGACCCAGAACAGAAGGCUUAGUGAGCCGUCGCCUUCGGGCCUAUGCCAGGCGCUACUCCUGGGCGGGGAUGGGUAGGGUGAGGCGGGCAGCUCAGGGUGGCCCAGGCCCUGGGGGAGGGCCAGGGGUCCUGGGCAUUCAGCGCCCAGGCCUGCUUUUCCUGCCAGACCUGCCCUCAGCCCCCUUCAUGCCACGGGAUGCCCAGCGGCAUGAUGUGGAGCUCCUGGAGAGCAGCUUCCCUGCCAUUUUGCGGGACUUUGGGGCUGUGAGCUGGGACUUCUCAGGGACUACCCCUCUGCCUCGGGGCUGGUCCCCACCCCUGGCCCCUGGGUGCUACCAGCUCCUGCUGUACCAAGCAGGCCAGUGCCAACCCAGCAACUGCCGCCUGUGCCCUGGAGCCUAUCGGGCACUGAGGGGGCUGCGGAGCUUUAUCAGUGCCAACACCUUCGGCAAUGCUGGCUUUUCUGUCCUCCUGCCUGGGGCACGGCUUGAGGGCCGCUGUGGGCCCACCAAUGUGCGGGUCAGAUGUCAUCUCGGCCUGAAGAUCCCCCCUGGCUGUGAGCUGGUGGUCGGGGGUGAGCCCCAGUGCUGGGCUGAGGGACACUGUCUACUGGUGGAUGACUCCUUCCUGCACACAGUGGCUCAUAAUGGCUCCCCUGAAGAUGGGCCUCGAGUAGUCUUCAUCGUGGACCUUUGGCACCCCAACGUGGCUGGGGCCGAGCGCCAGGCCCUCGACUUUGUCUUCGCACCAGACCCUUGAAGGAAGGCGUUCCCUUCAGACAUUUGGGCUGGAGAGAUGCUACACUCAGGGAUGG